UCAAACCCUCCACCAUGAUCAAAACCUCGACCAUCUCCCUUCCCCUUAUUCCCUCCUUUCUUCCCCUCCUCAACUCUUCCAUGGUAGUUGUAUGUCUCUUGAUCCAUCUUUUUUUUUCCGUUUAUACUAUCCAUAUGUGUGUGUGUUUAUGUGUCUUUCUCUCAGGUGUCGGAAAGCUGGAGGAAGUGCUGCUGCAUGGCGGCCAUGGAAAUGGAGAUGAUGAAUUGUCUGACGAUGGAUCGCAUCACGGGGAGAAGAAGAAGAGGCUCAACACGGAACAAGUGAGGGCUUUAGAGAAGAGUUUUGAGCUGUCAAACAAGCUUGAUCCCAACAGAAAAUUGCAUCUGGCUAAGGAAAUAGGGUUAAAACCAAGGCAGAUUGCGAUCUGGUUUCAGAACAGGAGGGCCAGAUGUAAGAACAAGCAACUGGAAAAAGAUUUUGAUGCUUUGAAGAAACAGUUUGAAGCAAUCAAAGCUGACAACCAUGCCCUUCAAGCUCAAAACAACAAACUUACCGCAGAGUUAUUGUCUUUGAAGAACAAAGAUUCAAAUGAAACCCAAACCAAGAACGAAAACGAGGGUUCAUGUAGCAUUAAUGGAAGCAAGGACAGCCGUGACGUGAACUUAGAUAUCUCGAGAACAACAUUGAGGGCUUCGUCCAUUAGGCCCGCGGCUCAACCAUUAGACCUGAAACUUGACCGAGUGGCUCACGAUGAUUCGAGCCUGACAUGGCAUAUGUUGAAUGGAGUAGAUGAACAGCAAGGUUUCUGGCCUUGGGCUGACCAAUCAAUCAAAUUUUCAUUGAACUAAAAACCAUUUGUCCGACGGGUACCAGCGCCCCAUGCCCUUGGGGAUUGACUCAGCCAAGUUUAAGAAGAAAUUACUAGUUUUUAUUUCCAUUUCUACAUCAUUGUUUUGUCU